AUUUUACAGUAGUGUCAGUAGGAGUGAAGACAACCUGUGAACAUGUCAAACACGGCUCAAGACAGAUAUGGAGGAAGUGUUGCUAAACACAACAACACAGCAACAGACAGGGCGGCAUGCACGGAGAACCUAACGGAGACUGAUAACUUCAUCAGAAGCUCUUUAGCUUUGGAUCCUGCAGAGGAGUACAAGAUGGACAACAAACAACGAGGCCUUGCACUCAUUUUUAACCAGGAGCGCUUCUUCUGGCGCCUGGGGUUAAACGACAGGCAUGGAACCAAUGCUGAUCGCGCCAACCUGGAGAAAAGACUGAAGGAGUUAAACUUCGAAGUGAGGGCUUAUGAUAACUACAAACAAGUGGAAGUCUUAGAUAAAAUCAGUGAAGCCGCGGAGGAAAACCAUUCGAACGCAGACUGCUUUCUGCUCGUCUUCCUGAGCCACGGCGAGAACGAUCACGUUUACACCUACGACGGCAAGAUCAGCAUUCCCAAUAUCACAUCCCUGUUUAAAGGAGACAAGUGCAAGAGCCUCGUCGGAAAGCCAAAGAUCUUUAUAUUACAGGCAUGCCGUGGAGAUAAGCACGAUGAUCCAGUGACCGCCUGGGAUGCCGUGGACAGCGAGCUGAAGACGAAUGAGGUGGUGGUGGACGCCAGCGCUGUAUACACCCUGCCUGCCGGGGCAGAUUUCAUCAUGUGCUACUCUGUGGCUGAAGGAUACUAUUCCCACCGGGAGACCAUCAACGGCUCCUGGUACGUCCAGGAUCUGUGCGAGCUGCUCGGGAAACACGGGGACUCCCUUGAAUUCACAGAAUUACUCACGCUGGUCAACAGGAAAGUGUCCAUGAGGAGUGUCGGGAACAGUAAUGACCGCAACGCCAUCGGGAAGAAGCAGGUGCCUUGCUUCGCUUCGAUGCUCACCAAGAAACUCUACUUCCGAUCGAAAAAGUAACGGUUUCACAGCUCAGUCAUGAAACCAGCUGGUUUUUACAUCCAAACCUGCGAGAGAAUGUUUCUGUGUACGUAGAAUUUAUAGUGGUUAUAAAACAACAGGAACACCUUGUGUCACACCUACUGAAGAACUGUUCCUGCCUCAGGCCAACACGCUCCACUUUACAAUCCUCCACCUUCACGUCAAGUUUCUGCUUGACAAAACCUUCACCUGCUUAUAAAAGGGUUUUCUUUCGCAUUUGCAUGACACAAUCAACAUAUGUGGAGACGGUAGAGAAGAAAUCAGGUCGCAGUAUCUGCUCUUCAGGGUUAUCUGGUUUCUGUGUGAAUGUAAACACAGUAGACGUUAUAAUGCAAUCUAACACGACAGCGCUGCAGUCUUCAAAAGUUUAAAUCACUGUAUCAGAUUAGUGAGUCAUCAGAGAGAGAGAGAGAGAGAGAGACACAGAGAGAGAGAGACAGAGAGAGAGAGAGAGUGACAGAGAGAGA